UUACUGAAAUUACAACUUUAUUUAGCAAAUCUUUACCAUUUUAACACAAAGCAUUAAUUUCAUUGUCAAAUUAUGAUAAACACAUUCACAGUAAGUAAAGUAUGAGCUUUUAUCCCAUAUAUACACAUGUAAUACAUACACACCGACCCACACAUAUAUCUAGGGCUUGUUCACUUGCUCCGCCCAUCACUCUCACACUCAGAAGAACAAAGUCAAUUUCACAGAGUCAAUUUCCAAUCGUCUAGAGAAUUAGCAAUGGAGAGGAGAGGAUCAUCAGUGAAGCCAUCAUCACUUGCUAUGGUGUGUGUGGUGUUGGGCCUGUUAAUGGGGGCUCACCAGUCCAUGGCCAGUUUCCCGAGUUGCUACAAGUCCUGCUUCGUCCUCUGUGUCAUCAAGCCUGGGGAGACCGCCUUCAAGUGCGCUUUCCAGUGCCUGAAGGAUUGUCUUGUCCAUUCGGCUUCCCCCUCGCCGGCCAGUGCCCUCAGCGUUGACACCGAUUACUUCUGCAAGCUCGGGUGCUCCACAUCCCUGUGCACUAACCUCAGCACCAAAACCAAUCCCGGUGAAAAGGAAGUGGGUGGCUGUGUGGAGUCUUGCUCAGGGAUGUGCUCCAACCACUGAUUGAUCAUCUUCUUCACCAAGCUAUAUAUAUAGCUGCUCUGGAAGAAAUGCUCCAUAUAUCUCUAUAUGUUUGCACUAAAUAAAUUCAAUUUCUAUUCGGACAAUGGAAAAAGAAAGAAAAACCAAAGUUGUUCGAGUUUGAAUAUUAAUGUACUUUCUUAAUCUUCUACAUGAAUGUUCUCGGUA